CUGCCUGCUGCGCUUCCCGGGCCAGUCCCUCCCGCCCGGACUCCGAGGCCAUUUUCUCCGGGGCCGGCCUCAGUGGCCAUCCCAGCUCACCCUGGCGCUCCUCAGGCUCCCAUUUAACCCGCGUCCUGGGUUCCCGCAGUGAGGGCUUACAGAGUUUAAGUUUUUAAAAUUGAAGUAAGUCCACACAUUAGGAGCUCAUGUCUUUCCUUGUAAGUAAACCAGAGCGGAUUAGGCGGUGGGUCUCGGAAAAGUUCAUUGUUGAGGGCUUAAGAGAUUUGGAACUAUUUGGAGAGCAGCCUCCGGGUGACACUCGGAGAAAAACCAAUGAGGCGAGCUCAGAGUCAAUAGCAUCCUUCUCUAAACAAGAGAUCAUGAGUAGCUUUCUGCCGGAGGGCGGGUAUUACGAGCUUCUCACCACCAUAGGCAAAGGAUUUGAGGACUUGAUGACAGUGAAUCUAGCCAGGUACAAACCAACAGGAGAGUAUGUGACAGUACGAAGGAUUAACCUGGAAGCCUGUUCUAAUGAGAUGGUGACAUUCUUACAGGGGGAGCUUCAUGUCUCUAAACUCUUCAGUCAUCCCAACAUAGUGCCAUAUCGAGCCACCUUUAUCGCAGACAAUGAGCUGUGGGUUGUCACAUCAUUCAUGGCAUAUGGUUCUGCAAAGGAUCUCAUCGGCACACACUUCAUGGAUGGCAUGAGUGAACUGGCGAUUGCAUAUAUCCUGCAGGGGGUGCUAAAGGCCUUGGAUUACAUCCACCACAUGGGCUAUGUGCACAGGAGUGUCAAAGCUAGCCACAUUCUGGUCUCCAUGGAUGGAAAAGUCUACCUGUCUGGUUUACGCAGCAACCUCAGCAUGAUCAGCCAUGGGCAGCGGCAGCGUGUGGUCCAUGAUUUCCCCAAGUACAGUAUCAAGGUUCUGCCUUGGCUCAGCCCAGAAGUCCUCCAGCAGAAUCUUCAGGGUUAUGAUGCCAAGUCUGAUAUCUACAGCGUGGGAAUCACAGCCUGUGAACUGGCCAAUGGCCAUGUCCCCUUUAAGGAUAUGCCUGCUACCCAGAUGCUGUUAGAGAAAUUGAACGGUACAGUGCCCUGCCUGUUGGAUACCAGCACCAUCCCAGCUGAGGAACUGAGCAUGAGUCCCUCACGUUCUGUUGCCAACCCUUGCCUCAGUGAGAGCCUGGCCACUGGCAGCCUCCGGCCUUCCAACGGUGACUCACCCUCCCAUCCCUACCAUCGAACCUUCUCCCCCCACUUCCACCAUUUUGUGGAGCAGUGCCUUCAGCGCAAUCCUGAUGCAAGGCCAAGUGCCAGCACCCUCCUGAACCACUCCUUCUUUAAGCAGAUCAAGCGACGUGCUUCAGAGGCUUUGCCUGAGUUACUUCGUCCUGUCACCCCCAUCACCACUUUUGAGGGCAACCAGUCUCAGGAUCACAGUGGAAUCUUCGGCCUGGUGACAAACCUAGAAGAGCUGGAGGUGGAUGAUUGGGAGUUCUGAGUCUCUGCAGACUGCAUUCUCUAGCCCACGGCAUGUGGACCCCAGAGACCUUUCCUGAGGGCCAGCACCUGCUUCUGGGUGCAGACUGAGUAGAAAGGACAUGCUGCCAGCAGAGCUGGCUACUGGCUGCUUGGAAGGACAUUCUGGGACAGACUUCACUGGCUUUUGAGACACAGGGAAUCCCAAUCAUCAGGGAUUUGGAGGGGCCAGAAAGCUGACAUCCUGUUCUGUGAGCGCAGAGAACCUCCUUAGAAGGCAGAGAUGCUGCUCUGGCCCCAGGGCUGAAGUCCAAGGCCAGAGUUUAACUCAGGACCCGGGGAACUAUCACCUGCUCUUCCCACUGCCUGCUCUCCUGCCAGCCUAAUUUUAUUCACUUUCUCUGCUCUCAGAUCCUGCAGGGCCAUAAAGGGGCAAGUCAUAAACAGCCUGCCCCUACCCUGACCCCUUGCCCUCAGGUAUCACCCUAAUAAUUGAAAGGAAGGAUAUUUCUAUCUUUUUAAGCACCAAGUCAAGGCUGGGGCUGGCCAUCUUCAUCCCUCCCAUCUCUUGGGCCCUGACAUCUGAAGCCAUCUCUUAGGUCAUCUGUUAUAGUACAUUCCUUUCCCAAGAAUCCUUCCUAAUGCCUCCUGCCAGCUGCUGCCUUGGUGCCUCCUCCAAGGGCCAUAAAUGUCUUGCCUCAUGUGAGGGCUUAAGUC